AUGAACCUGCUCAAUGAGCCUAUCUUAGCGCCGCAUUUUGAAUGGAAUGCCCAGCAGUUGUAUAAGCAUGAUGACCAUUGGUGGAGGAUCCAAUCGUCAUUACCUAACAAUGGAGUACCAUUUGCCUUCAUUUUGUAUGCAGACAAGACGCACUUGUCAUCAUCUGGCAAUGUCAAAGGAUAUCCGGUAAUUGCCCAGUGCACGAACCUGCCAGUUGGCAUUCAAAAUUGUGCAGGAAUAGGUGGUGAUCGCCUUGUGGGCUGGUUACCAAUUGUGCCUGAAGACGCGGAAGAAGACCACAAGCUCUCCUACACGAAUUUAAAGCGCGUCUUUCUCGAGGUUGUCAUACUUUACUCUAAGACUGGAUUUGCCCAUAAAUGCUUCGAUGAUGUCGAAUGGUGGUUAUACGCACUGAUUCUGCUAUUGUCGGCUGACUAUGAAGAACAGUGCAUGAUGGCAUUAAUAUGGGGGACAGGCUCACUCUGUCCUUGUCCCAUCUGUCUUGUCCCUUCAUCAAAACUUCGCGACCAUACUGUGACGUACCCUACCCGAAAAGUUGAGGAUGCACAAAUUCGCGUCAAGCUCUAUGAGAACCAUGCCACAGGAGAAGCAGCCCUGAAGGAGCAAGGUCUACGACCUGUUAAAAAUAUCUUCUGGAGAGUGGAAAACUCGAAUCCCCAUGAGACAAUCUCCCAGGACCCUUUGCACACCUUUCAAGGUGGUUUAUAUGGUUACCACAUCCAUGAAGAGGCUAAGAGUCUUGCAGAACUUCUUGGGUGCAGCGCUCUCAAGCAAAUUGACGAGCAAUUUGAUGCCUUUCCACGAUGGAGGGGUCUCAAUCAUUUCCGCUGGGUCACAAACAUUAGCUUUAGUGAUGGGAACAAAUUCCGGGAUAUUUCCAAGCAAUUUCUGUUUGCUGCUCAUAACGUGCUCACGAAGCAGAAGAGCAAAGCUGGGUACAUGCUCUUGCGCUGUAUUGCAAGUUACCUAAAGGUAGACAUGUAUAUCUCGCUCGACACUCAAAUGGAGAGCACUCUCGCAGCUGGCGAAGCAGCUUAUGUGGAAUUUCUGAAGUGUUUGGACGAAUAUUGCAAAGUUGCAGGUGAUUCGACCAAGAAUUGGAACUUUCCAAAGGUACACGCUGGCAAGCACAUAUUUCACGACAUACGGGAGAAAGGCACCACUUGGAACUUCAGCACUCAUCCCAAUGAAAAGCAACAUGGACCACUCAAACAGAUGUAUUUACACCAGAUGAACCAUAAGGACAUUGCAAAUCAGCUUCUCCAAAUAGAUCAUAGGACACUCGUUUUCGAGCUUAUUGGUGGCCACAUUGCCCAGCUUGAUGAACAGCGUCUUCAGGAACUCAGGGAUGCUGACAACAACAACAACAAUCCAGAUGACAACGAUGACCCUGAGGAUGCCACACAUAUUGGCAUGUCAUUUCAGGGCCAUAUCUAUCUCGGUUCUCCCCAACGCCCCACCAGUUUUGCUGACGUGGAGGAAGCAAAUAGCUCGUCAUGCGCUUUUGACCAAUUUCGGAAGAAGUUUUCGACGUUCAUCAACAAAUUCCUUCCUGCCCAUGACAUACCAUUACCUGAUGGGAAAACGUGGUUGAGGCCGGCAGCUCAAGACAAGCUACAGGAAUAUCGCUACCUCAAGGUGCACUACAAGUCCGUCAUUGACUGGAAGCUUGCUACAGACUAUCUCUGUUGCAAUCCGAACUUCCACAGACACGAGCGCCAUGACUGCGCACUUAUUCGUACUCAUGACAAGGAUGGCAACAGCAAGAAUAUAUUUGCCCAAAUCUUGUUUAUGUUUAAGUACAGUGUUGGCGACCAAUGUUUGGAUCUCGCUCUUGUACUUCCAAUGGAUGCUCCAAUUGGCCCACGGCCCGCUGUUGAUCAGGACCUGCAAUUCACUCGGCUGCGUGCAUGGCCUGCAGCAUCUUCGGAGUUCCUUUCCAUUCAUUCAAUCAUCUGUGGUGCUUUAGUUGUUCCAGAUUAUGCUAAUCCUCAUUGA